CACUUCAUCACCCCCCCCCCCCCCCCCCUUCCAUUCUUCUCUCCACCACCAAUAACUGUACUACAAUCAAAAAGAGAGAGAGGACAAAGUUGCUGCUUCCUCGGGAACUCCGAACGCCAGGCAGUCCUGUGGGAAGUUGUGAAGGGGGUUUGGGGGACGGCUGCUGGCCGCUCGAAUCGCUUCCUAUCGCGGGUUGAGAUAGCUUUCUGAAGGUCCUCUGUCCUCUUCCUUCCCAGGACUGAUGUUACUGAGGAAUGGGAUGCAGUGGUUACUAUCUGUCCUCCUGGCGCUCGGAGUCAGGAGCCAGUCUCUCGAUGUUCCUCGGGAUGAGGAAGCUGUCUUUGACCUGUUCGCCAUCAUCAAUGUGAACAAAGACACUCCGGGAGUCAAGCUGUACCGAGGUCCCGAUCCCAGCAAGCCGUCUUUCCGCUUCUUCCGGUUCGACAAGAUCCCGCCUGUCUCUGGCGACCAGCUGCAGGCAGUGGUCCGCCUCAUGAACUACCAUGAGGGCUUCAUUCUGAGGGCCAGCGUGAGGCAGGACAGGAGGAACCGGGGCACACUGCUGCUCAUCCUGGGACCCGGCUACAAACGCCAGCUAGAGGUUGUCUCCAACGGCCUGGACAACACCCUGGACUUGCAGUACUCGGUGGGGAACUCCCAGAGCCUGGUCUCCUUCCAGGAUGUGGACAUUGCUGACUCCCAAUGGAAAAACAUCACUGUCCACGUGAAUGGGGAGAAUGCUUACCUGUAUGUGGACUGUGAGCUGGUAGACAGCUUCAUCCUAGAUGACCCCUUUUACGAGCAACUUAGUGCGACCAACAGCAAACUCUAUGUGGCUAAAGGACUAAACCCAGGCAAGAACUUCAAGGGCUACUUGCAGAACGUACAGCUAAUAUUCGGCUCUUCAAUGGUGGAUAUUCUCCAGAGUAGCGGUUGUCUUCAGAUAGCUGAGGCAACGAGCAGCAAAGAAAACCAAGAAUUUGCCGGGGUUAGCCCUGCCAUUAAGACCGAUUUCAUCGGGCACAAAACCAACAAAGUCGUGGAUUUCUGCGACCACUCCUGCAGUGACAUCGGAAACAUGUUCAAGGAGCUACAUGGAUUGAGGGUCCUGGUUAGCAAGCUGGCAGACGGUCUGGUCAAAGUGACUGAAGAAAAUGUAAUCAUUCGUGAUAUUCUAGAUGACACUUUAAAGAAGGUGCCACCAGGACAGUGCUGGCACAGUGGGCGUCUCUUUGACAAUGAGGAGGAAUGGACCGUGGACAGCUGUACCAAAUGUACCUGUCAGGAUUUCAGCAUCAUCUGUCGGCGAAUUACCUGCCCCCCAGUGUCCUGUGCCAAUCCAUCUUUCAUUGAAGGAGAGUGCUGCCCCUCUUGUCUCCUUAAUGACAGUAAAGACGGCUGGUCACCUUGGUCUGAGUGGACAGAAUGUUCUGUAUCAUGUGGCACUGGAACACAGCAACGGGGACGGUCAUGUGAUCCCACGAGCAGUCGCUGUGAGGGCCCCUCCAUCCAGACAAAAUCCUGCCAGUCGGCAGAAUGUGACAAUCGGAUUCGUCAGGAUGGUGGUUGGAGCCACUGGUCUCCCUGGUCGCCGUGUUCGGUCACCUGUGGUGACGGCAUUACCACCCGCAUCCGACUCUGUAAUUCGCCGGUGCCACAGCUCGAUGGCCAGGAUUGCCAGGGAAACGGACGGGAGACAAAACAAUGUAUGAAAGCUCCAUGCCCCAUUGACGGUAACUGGAGCCCCUGGUCCCCGUGGUCAGUCUGUACAGCCACAUGUGGCGGGGGAUUGCACGAGCGCAAAAGGACCUGCAAUAACCCCGUACCCAAGUACGGAGGGAAGAAGUGCCUGGGGGAUGCCAAGGACACUAAAAUAUGUAACAAUGACCUCUGCCCAAUCGACGGAUGCCUGUCCAAUCCAUGCUUCGCUGGGGUGGAGUGCAGCAGUUCCCCAGAUGGCUCUUGGGAUUGUGGGCCAUGUCCUCCUGGUUACCGGGGCAACGGGACAUUCUGCGAGGACAUCAAUGAGUGUGAAGAAGUCUCUGAUGUUUGCCACCAAGUGAACGGAGUUCAGCGAUGUGUCAAUACGGAGCCCGGGUUUCACUGUCUACCCUGCCCACCGCGUUACCGAGGGAACCAACCAUUUGGUCUGGGAAUCGAAGCCGCCAAGACCGACAAGCAAGUGUGUGAGCCCCAUAACCCAUGUAAGGACAAGUCCCACAACUGCCACAAGUACGCCAGGUGUAUCUACCUGGACCUCUUCAGUGAGCCGCUGUACAGGUGUGAUUGUCGGAUCGGGUAUGCUGGGGAUGGCAUUAUUUGUGGAGAAGAUUCUGACUUAGAUGGCUGGCCCAAUGAAGAGCUGGCUUGCACAGCCAAUGCCACUUACCACUGUAAUAAGGAUAACUGCCCUCACCUGCCCAAUUCUGGACAAGAGGACUUUGACAGGGAUGGCGUGGGUGACGCCUGCGACAAAGACGACGACAACGAUGGCAGAAACGACGAGAGGGACAAUUGCCCUCUCCUCUACAACCCUCAGCAGUUUGAUUACGACAAGGACGAUGUGGGCGAUCGAUGUGACAACUGUCCUUACGACCACAACCCAGCACAGAUCGACACAGACGGCGAUGGCGAAGGUGACGCUUGCUCGGUUGACAUCGACGGAGACGAUAUCCUGAAUGAGAAUGACAACUGCCCUACUGUUUAUAACACUGAUCAGAGGGACACUGAUCAGGAUGGGGUUGGAGACAUGUGUGAUAACUGUCCCCUUAUGCAUAACCCUGACCAGGAAGACUCCGAUUCUGACCUAGUGGGUGAUCAGUGUGAUGACAAUCAGGACAUCGAUGAGGAUGGACACCAGAACAACCUGGACAACUGCCCAUACAUCGCCAAUUCUAACCAGGCUGACCACGACAAGGAUGGGCAAGGAGAUGCCUGCGACCCUGAUGAUGACAAUGAUGGCAUCCCCGAUGGGAGGGACAACUGUCGUCUUGUCCCCAACCCUGACCAACUCGACGCUGAUGGUGACGGCAGAGGGGAUGCGUGUAAGGAUGACUUUGACAACGACAGCAUCCCGGACAUUUACGAUGUGUGUCCCGAGAACAGUGCCAUUAGCCAGACUGACCUGAGGAAAUUCCAGAUGGUUCACCUUGACCCGAAGGGAACAACGCAGAUUGAUCCGAACUGGGUGGUGCGUAACCAAGGCAAGGAGCUGCUACAGACAGCCAACUCUGACCCAGGCCUGGCCGUUGGCUUCGACAAGUUCAACGCUAUCGACUUCAGCGGCACCUUCUACGUCAACACGGACCGCGAUGAUGACUAUGCCGGGUUUGUGUUCGGUUACCAGUCCAGCAGCCGGUUUUAUGUGGUGAUGUGGAAGCAGGUCACCCAGACCUACUGGGAGGAGAAGCCAUCCAGGGCUCACGGUUACGCUGGCGUUUCCCUGAAGGUGGUGAACUCCACCACAGGUCGCGGAGAGCACCUGCGUAAUGCGCUGUGGCACACCGGCAACACCCCCGGCCAGGUACGAACAUUAUGGCAUGAUCCCAAGAAUAUUGGCUGGAAGGAUUAUACUGCCUACAGGUGGCACUUAAUCCACAGACCCAAGACAGGCUUCAUCAGAGUGGUGGUGUAUGAAGGAAAGCAGAUCAUGGCUGACUCUGGCCCUAUCUACGACAAGACGUUAGCUGGUGGACGACUAGGGCUCUUUGUCUUCUCCCAAGAGGCCCUCUACUUCUCUGACCUCAAGUACGAGUGUCGAGAUAACUGAGCACCUGUUGGCGGCACACGGUGUGGAAUCCCUGGACAAGCUGUGCUGCCCCGUCACCUCAAUCAGACUGGGAGUCCCGAUUUUUGUUUUUCCACCCACCCAUCCCUCCUGCGCUGUUGUCCUGAGUGUAACCUUCAACCCACGGCCCCUCCACACCAUUCCCCAAACCCCUCCACUCCCCCACCCCCCCAGCACACACAAUUCCAUUCACCUUCAGCUAGCUGUGGUGACUGCUCACUCUCGCUCUGUGCACCAGCUCCCUCUGAAUGGCCUGGCAGGAAUGCAGCAAAACCAGAUGUUCCCGACAGGAAGCUGACUGUAUCUCCGACACGUCUUGCAACCAUGACUAUACCUAGAUACAGGGAUUACUGAUCAUUUAACAAACGUAUCAUACUGCAAUAUAAGCCUGUCAUUACUAUUUUCUAAUAAGGCUGUUUUCAAGGAAACCCACGCAGCGGACUGUUAUUUUAAGAGAAAAAGAAGGAAGUCUGAUUUAACAAUGUUUAAAAAUGACAUCUUCUGGGAAACAAGAACGAAUUACAAAAAAAAAUUUCAAAACACUUUGUUUACAACUUUUUCUAUCACAUUUCAUUGUCUGUAUAUAAAAGCUUUCAGCCAUUUGGUGUUAUUGACAGCUCAGCUAUUGCAGUAAUAGCGUACAAAUCCUAUAGACACUCUUAUGUACCACUGAAUUGAUUUAACUGACAUGCUCAGCUGAGUGAAAGCUAUUCUAGGCGGCUGCUUUAGGGACAAAGCAAGCCGCAACCAAUAAUAUAUCGGCUUAGUCUGAAUAUAUGUGGAUGUGUAUCUAUGUAUAUUCUAUAUAUCACAUAUCAUUUUUUUUUAAAGUUCUGUUUUAUUCUACACACAUUGCAGUCUUUCAGUGUUAGUGACAGCUAUUAACGCUCCUUCUGACAUGAAAAGCAACCAUUUCCUCCUCGUAACCCUUCUGUACCUCCCCUGCCCUACUUAAUCCCACACCCUCACUCCCUCCCCAUUCCAUUUUACCCCACACCCCCAGAAUCUUUGGACAAGGAACAUCAAGUGGUUCCACAGGUCAUCACACAAAGCACGACCACCUUUCAAGGAGAGAGAAAACAGUUUGCAGAGGGUGAGGGGGCAAAAGAUGUGAAUAUUUAGAUUGUAUCAUAUUUUCCUAUUUAAUUUAUUUAUGUUUUUAUUUUCUUUUUUUCUCUCUCUCUCCCCCCUUUUCUUUUUAAAAAAAAGUUGUUUGUGGGAAGCAGUGAAUUUUGCCAAAGAUUGUAAAUAAUUUAUUUAUUUGUUUACACUGAAGCAAUAUCGAAAUUUGAAAAAGAAACUUGGCCGACAAACCCUAAUCUAUAUUUUUUGAUUAAUGUUAGGCAAAUAAACUAUCGAAAAGGCUGAAACAGUGUUCUGUGAGUUAAACCAAUUUGUGUUAAUAUGCCACGUAUUUGUUAGUCAAAUUUGCUCCACCAUGUUUCCGUUUAAAUUGUAAAAUCAAAAUAAACUCUGGUGUUCUGCAAAGCAGGAGAGACCAAGGCCUAUAAUUUGGCCUGUUGUUUCCCUUGGAUACUGUGCAGGCCCCUCAUGACACAAUUGAUGGCCUUUCUAUUAAUCUGCUCUGUACCUGAAGCAAGUGGUACUGAUUGAGCUUGGCAGUUCUAACUUAAUGUUCGCUCAAGUCCUUCCCCAAAGCCCAUCUCUGACCUCUUCCUGGCAAAUUCAAACUGGGCAAACCUGCCAGUAAUAAAUGGGCCCUGUCCGACUGGGCCCCUCAAACCACACCCUACAAUGAUCGCAGGGUCGGUUUUGCCAACUAUUGCUGGCAACAGUCAACUCCCACAUUUUCCAUUGCUCCAUUCUACUCAAACACUUCACAAUGAGUGUGUGGCGAUAUUCCGCACCCCCGCCCCCCAGCCUUAGAACAGCAGGGUAACCGUGUGUUGUUUGAUCCAAAAUCUUGCCACGUCAAUGCAUGCCUUCACAUUGUAAAGGUGUUGAGUACUGCAGGAUUUGUUUCCUUUCAUCAGAUUUUGACACUUGUUCAUUGUGCUCUUUUUCUUUGGAAGUAUAUAAAUAUACGCAUAAACGCGCACACAAGUUUAGCACAUUAACUGUACAUAGCUAAAGGGUGCAGUUUGUUACCGAAGCAUUUAAUAAAAAUACUCAGCUUUA